AUGACGUGGUCUCCGGGCAACGCGGGAGACACGGACGGCAGUGCAGAUGCGUUCCAUGUGACGUCGGACGACUCGUCGUCGGACGAGGAGAACAAGGCCGCGCAGGCCAUUGAGAACGUCGAAAACUCGGUGGAGCGACGUAUCUUCGACUGCCGCUUCCUCACGCUGCUCGCCGUCGUGGGCUCGCUCGUUGGCUCCGCCAUAUGCUUCAUCAAGGGCUGUCUCUUCGUUCUCGAGUCGCUCGUCGAGUUCGCCACGGCGUGGUGGGGCAUCGGAUCAGGCAACGUCAUUCUCCUGCUCGUCGAAGCCGUCGUCCAUUCCCGCGUUUCUAACUCGUCUCUUGCGCCGUAUUUUCUUCCCGUUAUGAUGGCCUUUUAUGCAGACGUCUACCUUAUCGGAACGGUCAUGCUAAUAUUCGGCAUGGGCCUCUACGACCUCUUUAUUCAUAACUUCAACGUCGAGCCCGCUACCACCGGUGACUCUGGCGCACACCGCUCCGCGCACGGCGCAAGCUCCGUCAGCAGGUCGGCGGCGCCCGCCGACCCGUCUCUCCCCACCCACGCGCAGCAGCAGCAGCAGCAUCGGGGGCAGCAGCGCGGGAAAGGGCGUGCGCGCGGAGCAGGAGCGCGCAGGAGCCUCGGGUCGAACCUGUUCGGGCUGUUCCGCCUGCAGUCGCGACCGUCGUGGCUGGAAGUGAGCUCGCUGGAUGAAAUGAAGACUAAGCUAGGCCACGUGAUUGUGAUGAUCCUGCUUGUGGGAACGUUCGAGAAGAGCAAGAAGGUGGUGGUGGCUACGUCUAUGGAUUUUCUGUGCUUCUCUCUGGGAGUCUGCUUUGCUGCUGGCUGCCUGUUUCUGCUGACGAAGCUGCACCUGCACCAUGGCCAGGAGCAUGGCGGGCAGGGGCAUCAUGGUGGUGGCCAGGAAAAUUCCCAGGGUCAAGGGCACGGUGCUGCUGCUGCUACUGCUGCUGCUGGUGUCGAGCAUGUGAAUGGGCACGUGAACGGGCAUGUGAAUGGGCAUGUGAACGGGCAUGUGUACAUGCAUGCGUACGCAUCACCAGAGUAUGUGAUUAGCGGCGGAAAUAAUAUGCAUCAGCGUGGGUACAUGGUCGGCUAUGGCCAUGCGAACGGGCAUGCCUAUGGUCACUUGAGCGAGCACUUGAACGGUCGUGCGAAUGGGCAUCAGAACGGGCAUCAGAAGGUGUGA